AUGGAUGACGCCGGCUGCCGUAUUCUCCGGAGAUCCCCGGCGCAACAGCACCGGACGUCGCGCCCGCCCUCCUCAUCACGUUUCCGCCGCCGGCCUACUGCCACGCGCCGCCGCAGGCCGCCCUCCACGCGCUGGGACGACAGAAAUCCCACGCGCCGCCGCGCCACGGGCCGCCGCGCCACCGCGCCGUCGCCGACCGCACUCCACCGCCAAACUCCGCGGCGCCCGCCACAGCCGACCGCCCGCCACGGCCGACCGCCCGCCGUCGCCGCCGGCGUAGUGCUCCCAGGAGUCAACAUGGGAAAGCCUAAAUCGGGUCAUCAAAAACGUAAGGAAAAAGAGAAGUACGAGGAAUUUCUUAAAACUCAAGAAGGGGCAAUGGAUAAGUUUGUUAGAAAGAAAGCAAAAGUGUCCUCAGGUAAUCAGUCAGGCGAUGUUGAUUCCUCGAGUAUUGCACUUGCUAUUGUUCCUUACAUUGAUCCUAGAGAUGGUCAGACCGAGAAAGAUAAUAAUGUUGAGGUAGAGGAAGAUCAUAUUAACUUGAAUACACCACCUGUUGAAGAUGUUGAUGAUUCCUUUGAGUAUGAUAUAUUUGAUCCAAGCCACUGGGAUUCUCUUGUUCAGAAACAAAUUGAUAUUUUAGCAGUAAAAGGUCCAAGAAGAUUCAAAUCAAUUAAGAAAGGUCCCAAAGAUAGAUAUUCUAGAAGGUUUUCUGCGCUAUGCUAUACUAGAUUUCUAUCAAAUGGGGAGGAACAUGAUAAUAGAUUAAAAGAGCAUGAGACAAGUGCAUAUCAUGUUUUGAAUAUGACCAAUUGGUAUGAGUUGCGUAGUAGAUUGGAAAAGCAUCAGACUAUUGAUAAAGCUGCUCAACGCCAACUUGAGAAAGAAAAGGAGCACUGGAGAAAGGUUUUAUUCAGAAUUGUUUGCAUUGUGAAAUUUCUUGCUAAGCAUAAUCUAGCCUUUCGUGGUACAAAGAGUAAAUUAUAUGAAGAUAGCAAUGGUAAUUUCUUGGGUUUGAUUGAGAUGUUGGCUGAAUUUGAUCCUACUAUUCAAGAGCAUGUUCGUCGUAUCACUAAUGAUGAAACUCAUGUCCAUUAUCUUGAUUUUAAAAUUCAGAAUGAGUUGCUAUACUUGCUUGCUUUUUCUAUUAAGUCUGAAAUUAUUAAGAAAAUAAAGCGUGCAAAGUAUUUCUCUAUCAUACUUGAUUGUACCCCUGAUGCAAGUCACCAAGAGCAAAUGUCUUUAAUUAUAAGAUAUGUGGAUUUAUCUUCAACUCAUGUUUCCAUAGAAGAAUCCUUUCUAGGAUUUCUAGAUGUAAAUGAUACAAGUGGGCAAGGACUUUUUGAUGUGUUAGAGAAUCAACUGAAGCUUCUUGAUCUUGACAUAAAUGAUGUGAGAGGACAAGGUUAUGACAAUGGGUCAAAUAUGAAAGGAAAGCAUCAAGGGGUACAAAGGAAACUUUUGGAUGUGAAUCCUAGAGCUUUCUAUUCUGCUUGUGGUUGCCAUAGCCUCAAUUUAACACUUUGUGAUAUGGCUAAGACUCGUGGUAGAGCUAAAGACUUCUUUGGAAUCAUCCAACGCAUCUAUACGACCUUUGCAAAUUCUACUAAGAAGUGGCAUAUUCUGAAGGAAAACAUAUCAGGAUGGACACUCAAGUCAGUGUCUGCUACGCGUUGGGAGAGUCGUGUUGAUAGUGUUAAAUCUAUCAGAUUCCAAUGCGCAGACAUUCGAGAGGCUCUACUUCAGGUAUCCGAAAUUGAUAAUGAUCCAUUGUUAAGCAGUCAGGCUUUAGGUUUGGCAAAAAAUGAACUUGGAGACUAUGAAUUUAUAGUGGCAAUAGUCGUUUGGUAUGAGGUAUUGUCAGUUGUUAAUGUAGUAAGCAAAUCCUUGCAAACAAAGGAUAUGCUUAUUGAUGUUGCUAUUGAGAAAGUGCAAGGUCUUAUAUCCUUUUUCGAGGGGCACAGGGAAACUGGUUUCUUACAAGCAGUGGAGAUAGCGAAAGGAAUUGCACAUGAGUUGGAUAUUGAUGCAAAAUUUCCUAAAAAGCGAGAAAUAAAAAGAAAGAAACAGUUUGAUGAGAACCCAAAUGACACAAAUGUUGCCACACAGUCUGCAGAGGAAUCAUUCCGAAUCAACUAUUUUAUACCUCUUGUUGAUCAAGCUAUUUCGUCACUGAAAACCAGGUUUGAGCAAUAUGAAGGUUAUCAGAAAAUUUUUGGUUUCUUAUUUACCUCUGAAAAAAUACGGUCAUUGGAUAAUGAUAGUUUGAAAUCUUCUUGUGAUAAUCUUGAGGCUGCCCUUAAGGAAAAAGAAACUGACAGUAUAGCCAAUGAAAACAGAAAAUCUGACAUUGAUGCCAAUGAACUCUAUGUUGAGUUAAAGCUUCUUAGAGAUUUCAUUCCAAAAGAAAAUAUGGGGCCUGUCGAAGUUCUGAGUUUUUUGAAGCGGCAUGGUUGUUUUGUUGACCAUUCCUGUGACUGUUGCAUCAGCAGAACGAAGCUUUUCUAA